CCAAGUUUCGGAGUGCAGUUUUCUGGAGCUUCUCCGCGUCGAUAUUUGACAGCAAAAUAGCAACAACAACAACAAAAAAAAACCUAAAUAACCACCGCGAUCCAGGAUCUGUGUUACCUGUUGAUGAAGUCCCGCCGGGUGCGGGGCGCACAGGAGCAGUCGCGGUUCUUCACGCAGAGCAGGAGAGGGGGAAAGGUGCGGGCGACACACCGCUCCAGCGGCCAGGAGGAGUGAGGGACCACGGUGGUGUUUUUUUUUUCUUCUUUUUCCCCCAGCAUUUGCAGCCUGUGCUGGGUUGGUGGAAAAUGGGCACUCGGACCACUUCGAUCCGUGGACUUAUCCUGUGUUUGAUACUCACAUGCCAGCUGGUUACUGUGACUCAGGCCUCCAAGGUGUGGGGAGAGGUCCCUCUGCCAGAAGACUUGGAGGGGGAGAAAGACGUCAAGGCGUCUCAGAGCUUACUGGACGACGACGAGGACUUCGCUGCUGAUGAAGCUUCAGGAGAUCUGCCCAGUGGAGAGGAUGAUGGAAGCACACCAUGGCCUCCAGUCUCUGAGAGCACAAUUUAUUACAGAGCUCUCGUCAACUUCACCGACUCCCUGGUCUACGGCCCCGAGCUCGAGGACAUCCUCUCUCCAGCCUUUAAUGAGAUCUCUGAAGCAGUGGUGGACACGCUGGAGUCGGACUACAACAGGAUUCCAGGUUCCCAGACAGUCAGCGUGGUCCUCAUUAAGAAGAUGAUACGAGAGGAUGGCGUGGACGUAUUUGUGGAGAUGGAUGUCGGUUCCGACUACAACAGCAACGACGAGCAGAUACGCAGCGUGCUGUACAACGUGGUGAAGGAGGGAGCCAUCGCUUCCUACGUCACAUCAGUCCAGGGCUUUCAGUUCAGACGGCUCGGGGAAGUAACCACCGGCAUCAGACCCUGCAUGCCAGAUGAGCACAGGUGUGGUGAUGGGACAUGCAUCCUGAUGGAAUACCUGUGUGACAACAGACCAGACUGCAGAGACAUGAGUGAUGAGACCAAUUGUGACACAAGACGGCCUGACCCUCCAGUCACCACCACACCUACACCCACCACCACCACCACCACCACCACCACCACCAUCAAGAAGCCCCCGCGGCCCCACGGCCCACCUGGACCCUGCAGGGCGGAUCAAGCCACAUGCCAGAGCGGAGAGUGUAUCCCUCGUGACUACGUCUGUGACGGAGAACGGGACUGCUCGGACGGAAGCGACGAGUUCAGAUGUGGUACUCCAUCUCCCUGUGAGCCCAAUGAGUUCAAAUGUAAAAAUGGCCGGUGUGCCCUCAAGCUAUGGCGUUGCGAUGGAGACAAUGACUGUGAGGAUAACUCAGAUGAAACCAACUGCCCCACAAAGGGUCCUGGCGACAGGUGUGCUCCUGAGCAGUUUGAAUGCCUGAGCGAUCGCACCUGCAUCCCCGCUAGUUACCAGUGUGAUGACGAGCCGGACUGCCCUGACCGCUCUGAUGAGUACGGCUGCACCCCUCCCUCUGUGACAAGCCCACCGGAAGAGUCCAUUCAGGCAGCGCGGGGGGCGACGGUGACGUUCCAGUGUCAGGCUGUUGGAGUGCCAACACCCAUCAUCACCUGGAGACUCAACUGGGGACACAUUCCUCUCAGUGGCAGGAUCUCCAUGACCAGCGAGAAUGGCCGCGGCACCCUGACCAUACGCGAUGUGAAGGAAGCCGAUCAGGGGGCGUACACCUGUGAGGCCAUCAAUGCUAAAGGCCUGGUGUUUGGUAUCCCUGACGGGGUUCUUACUCUCACAUCGAAUCCAAAUCCAGGCAACUGUCCUGAUGGUCACUUCACUGUGGAGGGCCGCUGUGUAUCUUGCUUCUGUGCUGGAAUCUCCAAGAACUGCAAGGGCACCGGUCGCUACCGCAACCAGAUCAGCCUGCGUUUCACCGAGGAGGAAGACUUCAAAGGAGUGAAUGUUACCUACCCGGCCAGGCCAGGCACUCCUCCUCUCUCCUCCACUCAGCUCCUCAUUAAUCCAGAGAUGGAAGAGUUCCAGCUCGUCGACCUGUCACGCCGUUUCCUCAACCUUGACUCGUUCUGGACGCUGCCUCGCCAAUUCCUUGGCAACAAGAUUGACUCCUAUGGAGGUUCCCUGAAGUUCAAGGUGCGGUACACAUUGGCCCGCGGUCAGUCCGAGCCAGUGGAGAAGCCGGAUAUUAUGCUGGUUGGAAAUGGACGCAGGCUUGUGUACCGCAGAGGCAACCCUACACCUGCCCGAGUGGUCAACCAGAAGGAGAUCAAGUUCACUGAAGAUAAUUGGCAGCACUCCAACGGCCGCACGGUGACCCGUGAGGAGCUGAUGAUGACGCUAGCCAACCUGGACAGCAUAAACAUCCGCACCAUCUACGACAACCACAUGGUCAGCGUGGGGAUCAGUGAAAUUGUCAUGGAUACCACCACCGUGGAGUUCAGCAUUUUGGGUCAUGCUAAGGAUGUUGAAGAGUGCAGAUGUCCUCCUGGAUAUUCAGGCCUGUCCUGUGAGACGUGUUCCCCUGGUUUCGAGCGUGUCCCUGGCGGCUCCUAUCUUGGCACCUGUGCUGGUUGUAACUGCAAUGGACACGCCAGCGCCUGUGAUCCAAUCAGUGGACACUGUCUGAGCUGCCAGCACAACACAGAGGGCCCUCAGUGUGAUAAGUGUCGCUCUGGUUACUUUGGUGACCCGAGCAGAGGUCGCCCAGAUGACUGCAAGCCCUGCCCCUGCCCGUAUUAUGAGACCUCACGGCGGUUUUCUGACACCUGCUUCCUGGACGUUGACCAACAGCCAACAUGUGACGCCUGCAGGCCCGGCUACACAGGAAGACGCUGUGAGAAGUGCGCUCCUGGUUACCAGGGUAACCCUCUUCUGCCUAAUGGAAAAUGUACUCCUAACACACCUAACCAAAGCUGUGAUAACAGAGGGACAAUCAGCACCCGUGGCAGACCAUGCAGCUGCAAGAACAACGUGGCAGGUGCUCUGUGUGACGAAUGUAAGGCCGGAUUCUUCCACCUAUCAGAGACCAACCCCGAGGGCUGUCUACGUUGUUUCUGUAUGGGCGUCACUAAACAGUGCGCCAGCUCCACCUGGAAUAGAGAUCAGGUGCGCGGAGGGGUGAACGGGCAGCUCUUCUCCCUCUCCAACAGUGCCAACUCCAAAACUAUCUCUGAAGGCAUCUCCCAGCGGGGCUCCUCUGAACUUGUCUACCGCUCAUUCUCCAGUGUCCCCAAUGACAUUUACUACUGGGUCCUGCCUGAGAGCUUCAGAGGAGAUAAGGUGACGGCCUAUGGCGGGGAGCUGCUCUACACAGUGCGCUUUGAACCGUUUCAACGCUCACAGGUGAUUGACGGCCAGCCAGAUGUGGUUCUCCAGGGCAAUGGCAUCUUCCUGGAGCACUACUCUCAGACCAAGCCUCUUCCACGUGUCCCACAAACUGUGACUGUGACCUUCAGGGAGUCUGGAUGGCGUCGCGGUGAUGGGGAGCCAUGUACUCGUGAGCACCUACUGAUGGCCCUGGCUGACGUUACUGUCUUAAUGAUCAGGGCCACCUACGCAGAUAACAUGGCUGAGAGCAGUAUCUCAGACAUCAAGAUGGACGUCGCUGCUCCUCAGUCUACUGGUAAUGAACGUGCUCUGGAGGUGGAAGAGUGCGCCUGUCCUCAGGGAUACAGAGGACCCUCUUGCCAGGAGUGUGAUGAAGGUUACACUCGGACCAGCUCUGGCCUCUACCUGGGCACUUGCGAGAGGUGCAACUGCAAUGGUCACGCCAGCAGCUGUGACACGGAGACCGGCAGAUGUCUGCAAUGUCUCCACAACACCGCCGGGCCAAGGUGUGAGAGCUGUCAGACUGGUUUCUAUGGAAACCCGGUAACGGGCGGUGCUCAGGCCUGCCAGUCCUGCCCCUGUCCUGGAACAGCUUCCAGCAACCAAUUCUCCCAAACCUGUUAUCUGGAGUCUGACGGCCAGCCGACCUGUGACAACUGUCCCCCUGGAUACACUGGCCGACGUUGUGAAAGAUGUGCAGUAGGAUACACUGGCAACCCACUGCUUGGACAGAGAUGUACUGUUGGCAAUGUUAACUGCUAUAACUGUGACCAAAGAGGAAGUGAAGGCUGCAAUGUUGGUGUGUGCCGCUGCAAGAUGAACGUUGAGGGCUCAUCUUGCUCCACCUGCAAGUCUGGAACCUUCUAUCUCAGCCAGGAAAACAAAGACGGCUGCCUGUCCUGUUUCUGUAUGGGCGUCACUCAGCAGUGCUCCAGCUCUACCCACUACAGAGACCUGGUGUCCUCAGUCUUUUCUCCAGGAAACUUCCAGGGAUUCGCUCUGGUGAACCGCCAACGCACCAACCGUAUCUCCACUGGUUUCACUGUGGAGGUAUCCACUGAAGGCACUCAGCUGUCCUACACCAACUUUGAUUACCUGGGACAGGAGCCUCAUUACUGGCAGCUUCCAGGGGUCUACCAGGGGGACAAGGUGGGGUCUUAUGGCGGCAAGAUAAAAUACUCCAUCUCCUAUGUGGCUGGCCCAAGAGGAACACUACUUGAUGAUGGCGAUGUCCAGAUUAUUGGUAACGACAUCACCUUGGUAGCUAGUCAGCCGUGGACGAGGAGGCAGCAGGGCAGCAGAGAGACUCAACAGUUUGAGAUUGUCUUCAAAGAGGAAAACUGGCGUCGUCCUGACGGCAUGCCAGCCACGCGAGAGCACCUGAUGAUGGUUUUGGCUGAUCUGGAUGACAUCCUGAUUCGAGCGUCCUACUCCACCGAGAUGCGGUCCUCCAGUAUCUUUGAUGUCAGCAUGGAGGUUGCAGUGCCCAACUACAGCGGCCUGGCUCAGGCCCUGGAGGUGGAGCAGUGCCGCUGCCCACCUGGAUACCAGGGAUUGUCUUGCCAGGACUGUGCACCUGGGUAUACUCGCACUGGAGGAGGUUUAUAUCUGGGCCAUUGUGAGCUCUGUGAAUGCAAUGGCCACUCUGACUCCUGCCACCCUGAAACUGGCAUCUGCACGAGCUGCCUGCAUAACACUCAGGGUGAGCUCUGUGAGCAGUGCGCUUCUGGCUUCUUCGGUGACCCGACUGUUGGCACUCCAGAGGACUGCCAGCCCUGCGCCUGCCCUCACAACGACCCCGACAACCAGUUCUCCCCCACCUGUGAGAGUCUUGGAAAUGGAGGCUACCAGUGUACUGCCUGUCAGCCUGGGUACACCGGCCAGUACUGUGAACGUUGUGCUCCCGGAUACGUUGGCAACCCUCAGGAGAGACAAAAGUGUCGUCCAUAUGAUGCUGCAGCCUCACUGGUGGUGAAGGUUUACCCAGAGAGGGUCCAGUCAUCCCAGGGUGGCUCUGUCACUCUCCGAUGUCAGGUGUCCGGCUCUCCUCCACACUAUUUCUACUGGUCCAGAGAGGAUGGACGAUCAAUCUCCAGCAGUGCUGACAGACGCAGACAAGGAGCAGAGCUGUACUUCCCCAACGUGCAGCUGAGUGAUGCCGGUGUCUACAUCUGUACCUGCAGAGACCAGCGCAGCAGCAACAAAAGCCGAGCUGAAAUUGUUGUCACAAGUGUCCCAUCCAAAGCCAUUGAGGUUACAGUCGAGGAGCCCAAAGCUCAGACUGUCAGGGUCGGAUCUACCAUCAAUUUCAUCUGCACUGCAAAGAGCAAGUCACCAGCCUACACCCUGGUGUGGACACGGAAGGGUAAUGGGAAGCUGCCCAACCGGGCCAUGGACUUCAACGGCAUCCUGACAAUUCAGAAUGUCCAGCCCGAGGAUGCGGGCAUUUACGUUUGCACAGGCUCCAACAUGUUCGCCAUGGACGAGGGCAAUGCCAUCCUCUACGUGCCAGAGGCCUCACAGACUCAGAUGUUUUACACAGCCUAUGAAAUGUUUGAAGGACACGGAAAGCCUUCAGAGGGAGCCCAGCCUGUGGCCACCGUCACUCCCUCAGUGCUCAAUGUCCAGCAGGGCCAGCGGGCAGAGUUUCGCUGCACAGUGACCGGAAACCCAACCGCUGCCAUUGAAUGGAUCGGAGGUCCAGGGAACAGAAUGAGUCCCAGAGCUGUUGUACGAGGUGGCGUACUGACCUUCACAGCAGUGGACCAAGCUGAUGAGGGAGAGUACACCUGCAAGGCCCUGAACACUCACGGGGAGCACACAGCACGGGUUUCCCUCUUUGUCCAAAAGUCUAACCCAAGUGGCCUAGGCACCCAGCCCCAAGUCCAAGUCAGUCCCCAAAACAUCGAAGCUCAUGAAGGAGACAACAUGAGGUUGUACUGCCGAGCAACAGGAGUACCCACCCCGAAGCUCACCUGGCUGAAGAACGGAGGACAAAUCCCUCCACAGGCUCGAAUGGACCGCACAGACAUCGGAACUCUGCUCAUCCCCAACAUCCAGAUGUCCGACUCGGGCACAUACAUGUGUGUUGGAAGCAACAGCAUUGGCUCAAACAGUGCUCCCAUUAAAGUCUCUGUGCUCAAAGGUGACCACAGCCACUCAGUGGUCAGCAUCCAGCCGUCUAUAGCUGAUGUACAGGAGGGCCAGAAUCUGGAGCUCAACUGUUUUGCCCCUGGAAAUCCUCCUCCCCAAGUCACCUGGACGAAGGCCGGUGGAAGACUCUCCUCUAACCACCAGGUUCUGGGCAGUCAGCUGCGUAUCCUGUCAGCCACUGCAGAGGACUCAGGGGAGUAUGUCUGUCGGGUGAAGGGCAGCCCUGGAAACCCAGGAUCUCAUGUCCAACAAGCCUCUGUGUCGGUGUCUGUCACUUCAUCUUCUUCACGUCUUCAGAGUCCAAUUAUCGCCAUAGAGCCCCACAGCGCUGCGGUGCGCGUGGGGGAGUCGGCCAGCUUCAGGUGCAGGGUGUACAGCGGAGCGCAGCCUGUCAGACUGGAGUGGAAACUGGCCAACAACCAGCCGCUGCCAGAUAAUAUUCAAGUUGGCCCUGAUGGUUCUGUCAUUACCGUUUCCAACGCCCGCCCUAUGAACCACGGUGCCUACCGCUGUGUGGCGAGCAACCCGUUCGGCAUCACCCACACCAUUGUGUCUUUGAUUGUCAAAGAGUCUCCUGUGGCCACUGUCACCCCUGUUGGACCCAUACGUGUCAGAGUGGGUGAACCCAUUAACCUGGAAUGCCAGGCAUCAGGAGAGCCCCGCCCUUCAGUCUCAUGGCACAAGCUGGACAGCAACGGCAAGACCAUGCUGAGCAGCCCGGUGCCCAUGGAGUCCAACGCAGUCAUGCAGAUUCUAGUGGCACGUCAAGAAGACAGCGGCACUUAUGUUUGCACAGCUCGCAACAACGAGGGCACCACUGAGACCAAGGUGGAGAUCAUUAUUGAGGGAGGCUCUCAAGUGCCCACAGUGCCAAGGGCUUCUGUUCCUGAGCCGCUGAUGGUAGUGGUGGAGGGGCAGACUGCAACGCUGCGCUGUGAGGCCCACGGUUUCCCAUCCCCGAAGAUCACCUGGUCCAAGCUGCGGUCUCCGUUGCCUUGGAGACACAAGGUGGUGAACAACAGCCUGGUGCUGCCCGCAGUGGGCCGCCAGGACUCUGGAGAAUACAUCUGCACUGCAACCAACAACAUGGGCACCACUGAAGUCACCAUCAUGCUAGAUGUAGAGACCCCUCCUUAUGCCACCUCUAUGCCUGACGAUGUGGCUGUGCGGGUCGGGGAGGUGAUCCGUUUGCAGUGCCUUGCUCAUGGCACUCCUCCCCUGACCUACACUUGGACCAAGCUGGAUGGAAACCUGCCCCCGAGGGCCCAGGUUAGCGGAGGGGAUCUUCAGAUCAACCUGGCUACCUCUGAGGAUGCUGGGAGCUACAAGUGCGUGGCCAGUAACAGAGUAGCCAACAGCGAAGUGAUCGCUAAAGUCACCGUCAGAUCCCCCUUGGCAGUGCGUGUGUCACCCCAGGUUGAGGUAAAGGCCCAAGGCAGUGCUGUGGAGUUCACCUGUUCAGCAGCAGGCGGUAUAGAGACCAAAAUUGAGUGGCUGAAGGAGGGAGGAGCCCUGCCACCGAACCACCACGUCAAGGAUGGGGUGCUCAGGAUUGAGAACCUUGAGCAGAGCAACGAAGGCAUUUAUAUCUGCAGAGCCAGCAGUGGAUAUGGUCAGGCACAGGACACUGCCAGGUUGACCAUCCAAGCCCUGCCAAAGGUGAUGAUCAACGUUCGCACCUCUGUGCAGACUGUGAUGAUAGGGAACUCUGUGGAGUUUGAGUGCCAGGCUGUUGGCGACCCAGAGCCCACGGUUAAGUGGAGUAAAGUUGGUGGGUCUCUGCCUGCUCACAUCAUGGUGAAGGGCGGCAUGCUGAGGAUUGAUCAGGUGACGGAGGCCGACGCCGGGCAGUACCGCUGUACGGCCACCAACGACGUAGGCUCGGUCCAGUCACAGGUGGUCCUGAACGUCCAGUCCCUUCCUCAAAUCGCUGCGCUGCCUGAAACCAAGGAGGUCACAGUUGGGUCUGAUGCGGUUUUGCCCUGUGUGGCUUCAGGAUACCCGGUACCUGAGAUCAAAUGGUCCAAGGUGGAAGGAGAGCUUCCUCCUAAGUGUUUCCAGGAUCUCAACGCGCUGACGGUUCCUCGCGUCGCCCAUGAGGAUUCUGGGAUAUAUGUCUGCACCGCCUCUAACAAACAGGGAAAAGUGGAAGCCUUUACUACACUUCAAGUUCACGAGAGGGUGAUGCCAUACUUUGCCCAGGAACCCUUGUCCUACCUCACCCUGCCCACCAUCAAAAAUGCCUACAAGGCUUUCAGCAUGAAGAUCAACUUUAGACCUGAUAAUGUUGAUGGUCUCAUAUUGUACGCUGGUAUGAUUCUCUACAAUGGCCAGAGGAGGACCACAGGAGCAGACUUUAUCUCUCUGGGACUUGUUGGUGGCCGCCUAGAGUUCAGGUUUGACGUGGGCUCAGGCAUGGCGACCAUACGGGACCCCAACCCUGUCAAACUGGGAGAGUUUCACACAGUCGAGCUGUAUCGCAACCUCACUUUGGGCUACAUCACUGUGGACGGAGGGGAGCCCAUCAACGGCAGCUCACAGGGCAAGUUCAAGGGCCUGGAUCUGAAUGAGGACCUGCAUGUGGGUGGUUAUCCCAACUACACAGUCCUCGCCAAAACUGCUGGAAUUAAGACCGGUUUUGUUGGCUGUAUCCGUCAGCUGGUCAUCCAGGGUGAGGAGGUCAUUUUCAAAGACCUGGACCGCAGCUCCACUGGCGUCACAAACUGCCCCACGUGCAAAGACCACCCAUGCCAGAAUGGAGGGAGGUGUGAGGACUCAGAUGCCAGCUUGUAUAAGUGCGGCUGCCCCAAAGGAUUCACAGGCAGCAACUGCCAGCAUCACUCAUCCCUGCACUGUCACUCAGACGCCUGCGGACCAGACGCCACUUGCAUCAACCGCCAAAAUGGCCUGGGCUACGACUGCCGCUGUCAUCUUGGCAAGUUUGGAAACAAAUGCAUGGAUGGGGAAUUGGUGACCACUCCUCUGUUUGAUGGCGAGGAGUCGUACAUAGCCUAUCCUCCCCUGACCAACGUCCAUGAUGACCUGCGUGUCGAGCUUGAGUUCAAGCCCAUGGAAAGAGAUGGCCUGAUGUUCUUCUGUGGAGGGAAGAAAAUGAAGGUGGAGGACUUUGUAGCCAUCUCCAUGGUGGAGGGACAUGUAGAGUUCAGAUAUGAACUGGGCACAGGCCAAGCUAUCCUCCUCAGUCCAGAGCCGGUCUCUCUGGGCCAGUGGCACAGAGUUGUGGCCGAGCGAAACAAGAGGGCCGGCCACCUGAAGGUGGAUCAAGGCCCAGUGGAGGAAAAAACGUCUCCAGGAAAAGCCCAGGGCCUCAACAUCCACACGGCCAUGUUCCUGGGAGGAGUCCCCAACAUGGACGUCCUGCCUAAGCCUGCCAAUGUCAGCGAACUGUUUGAGGGAUGUAUAGGAGAGGUUUCCAUCAACAACAAGAAGGUGGAUCUGUCCUACAGCUUCACAGAAAGCAGAUUAAUCCGCAAGUGUGUGGACAACAGCCCCUGUGACCGCCGGCCCUGCCUGAAUGGUGGUCACUGCAUGUCGAGUGUUGAAUAUGAGUACCAGUGCCUCUGUAAGGAUGGAUUUGAAGGUGAGCGUUGUGAGGUGGUGAAAGACGCGUGCCAGAGCAACCUUCAAUGCCAAAAUGGCGGCAGCUGUGUCAACGGCCAGUGUGUGUGUGCGCCCGGCCACACAGGCAUAAACUGUGAAGAAACUAUAUAUCCUACACACACAGGCCAGGUCUCCAGCUUCCCAGAGGCCCUGAGGAAUUUGGAAGGUAGCGAGUCAAAUGAUUCACCCUAUCAGUAUGCGGCUCAUUUCCACGAUGACGGAUACAUUGCCCUUCCUAAAUCUGUAUUCCCAAGAAGCGCCCAUGACUCGCCAGAGACAAUCGAACUGGAGAUCAACACAAGCUCCUCUGAGGGUCUGAUCUUGUGGCAGGGAGUGGAGACCAAUGGCGCACGCAAUUUGCGAAAGGUGCAUGCUAGUAAAAAGGAACUUGGAGAACAUGGCAAAGGCAAGGACUUCAUUAGCCUCGGUCUGCAGAAUGGACACCUUGUUUUCAGUUACCAAUUGGGCAGCGGAGAGUCAGAUAUCUUGUCCCGGAGGACCAUCAAUGAUGGGAGAUGGCAUAAGGUCACAGCAGUCAGAACUGGAAAAGAUGGAUACAUCCAGAUCGAUGGAGAAGCCGCGCUUCAUGGACAGUCUAAAGGCAGAAGCCUCAUGGUCAACACCAAAGGCAGUAUAUACCUUGGUGGAGCCCCAGACAUGGCUGCGAUGACCGGAGGGAAGUUCUUGUCUGGAAUGACGGGCUGCGUGAGGAACCUGGCACUGAUGAACGCCCGGCCGGGACAGCAGCCGGCCCAGGCCAUCGACCUGCAAACCCACGCGGCGCACGGCGUCAACGUGCUGCCGUGCUCUUCAUAGAUCGCAGCGCACACACACAUGGAAACACGCAUACACCGACACACACAUACACACACACAGAGACUAUGGAGUGAUGUCGUACACACACAGCAGACUCACACAGAGAGACUUGGUGCUUCGCUGCUACCAAAAAAAUGCCAAGAUGACCCAACAGGAUAUGUUUCUCUGUGUGCAGUAAAACCAAAAAAAGAGAGAAAAAAAUAUUAACAAGUCUUCUCUUCCUCAGUGUUGUAUUCUCAAUGAAGGACUAUUAACACAGGAGAACCAGUACAGUUUACAUACUUCCAGCAGUAGUUUUAGCCAUGAGAAGAGUAAGAGUAAAACAUAUUAGGCCUUCUACGAUGGGUCAGAUCCUAUGGAGUUGGAGAUGUUUUUACAGCACUGAAUUUUUAUUUAUAUACAUAUGAAUAUAUAUAUAUUAUAUUUGUGGGAGGAAAACAUGCAAACUAACCAUAACUGCUCUUCAACUUUCCUAGAGUUUAUUCUGGGUUCUAAUACUGUGUGUCCAGGGCUUUUAAUAGGCCUAACUGUAUUAAUACUUGAAGAUGUUUAGGCCUUCUUUCUUCACUUCUGUAGAGGAACCUUUUUUUUUUGCGCACGUAAGCAUGCAGUUACAGCAUUUUAUGUAAAUUGUUGGGAGAGGAGAACACAUGGUCACAUGCAGCUUCAGUACACAACUCAGGUCGGCCAAAACAAAUUAAUAACCAUAGUUACAUACUGCUGCUUCAACUCGGCAGAUUUGUUUUGCUUUGCAAGUAAUUCACAGCGCUGUUGUGUCUUCUAUGUCUAUUUGUUUUUUUUAUGACAAAGAAAGAAACCGUGGUGCUAAUGUCAGACAUAAAGUUACAGCACACAGUCAUAUGGUUACCUGUCUGUUACAUGUACUGUAGAGUACGUGGUUACUUGGAUUAAGAAGAUCUACAUCUAACAGUGUCACAUUUGUUGAUAUGCAUGACAUUCAAGGUUGAUUUUAUAAGAAUAUGGCAUGAUUUGCUGCCUCCACAGCCAUAUUUGAUUGAUUAGAGUGUCUCCUAUUUUGUAUGUGUGAUUGUUGAAGAUAUUGCUUUAUGUGUAAAACUAUCUGCCAGACAGGUAGAUAUCUCUAGAGAAUAAGUGUGAAUGCUAGUUCUUUUGUUGGUUAUGUAUGCCUCAGCGCCUGCCAUUAUUCACAGGUCACUCUACUUUAAGCCCCAGUAUGGAGUCAGAUUUGUGUGUGCGUGCGUGUAUGUGUGUGUUCCUGUACCAAUAUCCAUAUCCUCAGGAGGCCCAACCCAGAGUUGCCUCAAUACGUUGCUUCAUUUGCAGGUUUGGUAGCUUUAGCGACAAUGCACUAAGUUACAAAACUCUGAAAGUCUGUGGUUUUCUCUGCAGAAGUAGAUGGGUCUGCAGCAAACAGCAGUAGGACACAGUUCGGGAUAGUGUUUGAUGGUGUGUUUGGGAAUGCAGUUAAGUCUCCUGCAGGUGCUGUGAUCAGUAACGUAGCUCGGAUAAAGCAUGCUCACCCACCUUUAGAUUAAACCGCACGACAACACCACAACGGCACGAUCGCUUCGGGGCUUCACAAACCUUUUUUCUCAUUUUUUUAAGCUUCAAAUAUUUGUAUUAAUAUCCUUUCUACAAUGAAAAUGAGCACGAUCUUUCUCUUAGAGUUGACUCAUUUUUAUUUAUUUUAUGUUUUUUUUUUUCUCUUUUACAUCGCUUUUGUUCCAAGGCCUGAUUCUGCUGUUUUUAGAGCAAUCACAUCUUGCUAUUUCCUUUCCUCUGGUUAUUGUGUAUUGCCUCCCACAUCCCCCUUGUUUUCCCCCUCAUGUUUGAGUUUGAAUACGGCCCCCCUGGGAAGUUCUUCACAAAUCUUUCAAUGAAGUUCCAUGAAAGGUUAAUAUACACCUUGAACUGCCUGGUCAAAUGGAUAGAAACAGGUCUUAUUAUUCACUCAAUGCAAAAAAAGUCUUAGGUUCCAAAUUCAAGAAAUGUAUUAUUUAUCUAUGCAGAAAGUUGUCAUCAUGUUUGUUCAGAUAUGAACAUCUGCAUUGAAUGGAGCCACGGCUGUGUUCCAGGUUUAGGACACUGAAGCAGAGAAUGAUGGCGUGUGUGCCCCUUGUUGGGUGCCUUUUAUGUGUCUGCUCCUAAACUGGAUUUUCAUUUAUAUAUACACUGUACACUCUUGCCCAACACAAAGUUGUGAAGAAAAUAUUUUUGUUGUUUUCAGGCCAUUGCAAAAUAUGACAGGUGCACUUGAUGAUGGACAUUUUUAUUUUAAAAUUUGUUUCACUUCUGAAUGCCACGAAAAGCGUAUCACUUAAAUGAAAGUGUACCAGAUGUAAUACUGUCAAUGUCAGCACGACCUGACUGCUCCAUUUCCAAUGUUUGAAAAGACACUCCCCUUGCCUUUGGUGUUUCUUAAUUAAAAACAAAAUUCAUGUGC